AGAGAUAACAGUGUUGUACCGUAUUCACAUAGAAAAAAAACAACACAACCCUGACACAGUUCCCGGAAGUUCCGCGAAAAUCAUGGCGAAAGCUAUAGGUUUUUAUGGAAUAUUAAUUCUGACUAACAUUCUGUUUCUGGAAAACUCAGAGGCAGUCAUAUGUUACCAGUGCGUUGAUUCUAAAUCGUACGAUUGCCAGUUCAAUUUUGGUGACCUUCGGAAGUCGGCACUCGCCUAUCUGGAAACCAAUGGCACGAUUGGUGGGGAGCACUACUGGCCUAACUUAAAGAACUGCACAUCGAAGUGGGGCAACUACUGUGUGGAAGAGCACUACAAAAAUCAAGGUCAACUACGUCAUCGUUGUGCAGAUUCAGCUUUAUUGGACCAUGAUCCUGGAGGUACAUGUAGGUUGGACCAUGAUCCUGGAGGUACAGGAUUUGUAAAAAAAGAACCCUUUAUUUUAGGUAAGACAUUGUCCUACAUUCGCGGGUGUUCCAGUGGAAGUGCCGACACAUCUAUACCGGAAGUUCGCAACUUUUCCUUAAAAAACAAGGACAGAUGUAGAUACUACCCACAUUCAAAAGAUCACAUCUUAGCUUGUGUCACGUGGUGUGAUUCUAAUUUCUGUAACGGUCCAUUGGAUUUUGACAAGUUUCCCAAACUUAUGGUAACAACAAGUGCUUGUUCUCGCCCACUGCUACAUACAUUUAUCAUAUUUUUACUGUCAUUCUUUAUUAUCUCGGAAAGGUACACAUUUAAAAUGUGUAGUUAACAGUGUAUAUAUUUAAAACAGUGCUGUGACCUUAUCUAUUUGUUCGUUCAUUCUAAGGCUAUAUUUAAAACAUUACUGUGACGUCAUCCAUUUGUUAAUUCAUUCUGAUAAUCAACAUUUUAUAUAUAUUUAAAAUAAUGGUGCUGGCGUUGUUCAUUUGUUCGUGCAUUCUAAGAAUCAACAUUGUUGUUGGAACCUAAGGCGUUGUAGGUCACCUAAGUAAACUCAGGUGACCUAUUGCAAUUGGUUGUCGUCCGUCCGCGUGCGUUAACAAUUGAACAGUUUUAACUUUUUCUUGAUACCUACAAUUCCAAUUCUUUUCAAAUUUGGUAUGAAGCAUCAUUGGGACAAGGGGACAUAAAUUGUAAAUUUCAAGACCAUAUGUAUAACAUUGCUAUGAGGUCAUUCAUUCGUUCAUUCAUACCGGUCAUGUUAGAGCGGUCGCUUUGUAAGCGGGAGGUCGUGAGUUUGAGCCCCGCUCGUGCCAUGGCCGUGUCAAACCUAAGACGAUAUAAUAGGCAGUAAUUGCUUUUUCGCCAAAAGCUCACUUUUGAAAUUGAUAGGGGUUUUCUAUGUCCCGUAAAGAAUUUUUCACUCAUAUCGAGAUGACACCAGCUGUAGGUGGAGUACCACGAAUUUAAUCCUAUGCUUAGCGCUCAAGGCCGUACGUAGUAGUGUAGGUUCUUUAUCGUGCCAACGCCUACCGUGACCUUCCUUUUUAAGGUCAUAUCUGAAAGACCCGUGACUCUAACUUCCAAAUGUUGAGCGUUUGGCGAUGAGGCAAUCACUAACUAUCUUAACGUCUUCGGUUUGACGCGGCCAUGGCGGGGCUCGAACUCACAACCUCCCGGUUACGAAAGGAACUCUCUACCACUGGGCCACCGCGACAGGUUGUCUGGGUAUUCAGAAGUAAGAAUCAUGUAUUUUUCAGAUAUGACCUUAGAAAUGGAGGUUACUAGCAUGUAAUCCCUGUUUGUUUUAUUCCAUGGGGAAUCGUCAUUCAGCUGAGAAUUGUUCUCAAACUGUAAUGUAAUGUUGAGUACAUACUUACAAUAUUAUUUUCAAUACAACCUGUUACUUACAGCUGUACAAUGUUUCAAUAUCUUAAUAAAUAUAUGCUUUCUAUA